AUUGUGUUUCAUCUCGCCGCUGCAGGCCGAGCUCAGCCGAGGGGACCCGAAAGGGGCCGAGGUCCGAGCUGUAGCGGUACUGAUCGGAGGCUGCCGGACGUGCCCCACCCGACAUCAGGCGGAGCCAGAGAUGCUGGCCAGGGCCGCGCGGCCCCGCCCGGGCCCCCGGCCGCCUCCGGUCUCGCCCUUCCCUCCGCCACCGUCGCUACUGCUGCUGCUGGCGAUGCUGAGCGCCCCGGUGUGCGGCCGCGUACCCCGCUCGGUGCCCAGAAUCUCGCUGCCCAUCUCCGAGGCUGACUCCUAUCUCACCCGGUUUGCUGCCCCUCACACAUACAAUUAUUCUGCUCUCCUUGUGGAUCCUGCUUCUCACACACUUUACGUUGGUGCUCGGGACAGCAUCUUCGCUUUAACCCUGCCCUUCUCAGGGGAAAGACCUCGAAGGAUUGACUGGAUGGUGCCCGAGGCUCACAGACAGAACUGUAGGAAGAAAGGAAAGAAAGAGGACGAAUGUCACAAUUUUAUCCAGAUUCUCGCCAUUGCCAAUGCCUCUCACCUCCUCACUUGUGGCACCUUCGCUUUUGAUCCGAAGUGCGGGGUUAUUGAUGUGUCCAGUUUCCAGCAGGUUGAAAGGCUUGAGAGUGGCCGGGGGAAAUGUCCUUUUGAGCCAGCUCAACGGUCAGCAGCUGUAAUGGCUGCAGGGGGCGUCCUCUACACUGCCACCGUGAAAAACUUCCUGGGGACGGAACCGAUUAUCUCCCGAGCUGUGGGUCGUGCUGAGGACUGGAUUCGAACAGAGACCUUGUCAUCUUGGCUUAAUGCCCCAGCCUUUGUUGCGGCUAUGAUCCUAACCCCGGCUGAGUGGGGGGAUGAAGAUGGAGACGACGAAAUCUUCUUCUUCUUCACGGAGACCUCCCGAGUGUUGAACUCAUAUGAGCGCAUCAAGGUCCCACGGGUGGCCCGAGUGUGUGCGGGGGACCUUGGGGGCCGGAAGACCCUUCAGCAGAGAUGGACAACCUUUCUGAAGGCUGACCUGCUGUGUCCAGGGCCUGAGCAUGGCCAGGCCUCCGGGGUCCUGCAGGAUAUGACCGAGCUUCGACCUCAGCCUAGAACGGGGACUCCGGUCUUUUAUGGCAUCUUUUCCUCUCAGUGGGAAGGAGCUACCAUCUCUGCUGUGUGCGCCUUCCGACCCCAGGAUAUCCGGGCAGUGCUGAGUGGUCCCUUUAGAGAGCUAAAACAUGACUGCAACAGGGGACUACCUGUCAUGGACAACGAGGUGCCCCAGCCCAGACCUGGAGAGUGUAUCACCAACAACAUGAAGCUCCAGCAGUUUGGGUCCUCACUCUCCCUGCCUGACCGAGUCCUCACCUUCAUCAGAGAUCACCCGCUCAUGGACAGGCCCGUGUUUCCAACUGACGGCCGCCCCCUGCUGGUCACUACAGAUACAGCGUAUCUCAGAGUUGUGGCCCACAGGGUGACCAGCCUCUCAGGGAAAGAAUACGAUGUGCUCUACCUGGGGACAGAGGAUGGGCACAUCCACCGGGCUGUGCGCAUUGGAGCUCAGCUCAGCGUCCUGGAAGAUCUGGCCUUGUUCCCAGAGCCACAGCCGGUUGAGAGCAUGAAACUGUACCAUGGUUGGCUCCUGGUGGGCUCCCAUUCCGAGGUGACGCAAGUGAACACCAGCAACUGUGGCCGUCUUCAGAGCUGCUCGGAGUGUAUCCUGGCCCAGGACCCAGUGUGUGCCUGGAGCUUCCGGCUUGAUGCUUGUGUGGCCCAUGCAGGAGAGCACCGUGGGAUGGUCCAAGACAUAGAGUCAGCGGAUGUCUCCUCUUUGUGUCCGAAAGAGCCUGGAGAACACCCGGUAGUGUUUGAAGUUCCAGUGGCUACCAAGGGCCAUGUGGUCCUGCCAUGUUCCCCCAGCUCCGCGUGGGCAUCCUGUGUAUGGCACCAGCCCGGUGGAGUAACUGCACUCAACGCCCGAAGGGAUGGACUAGAGGUGGUGGUGACCCCAGGGGCCAUGGGUGCUUAUGCUUGUGAGUGUCAGGAGGGUGGAGCAGCCCGUGUGGUGGCUGCUUACAGCUUGGUGCGGGGCAGCCAGGGGGGACCCUCAAGCCGGGCCCACACGGUGGUGGGGGCUGGACUGGUUGGCUUUUUCCUGGGGGUACUUGCAGCAUCCCUUACUCUCCUCCUGAUUGGUCGCCGUCAGCAGCGUCGGCGACAGAGGGAACUUCUGGCUAGAGACAAGGUGGGCUUAGACCUGGGGGCUCCACCUUCUGGGACCACAAGCUAUAGCCAAGACCCUCCCUCCCCUUCUCCUGAAGAUGAACGGCUGCCCCUGGCCCUGGCCAAGAGGGGCAGUGGUUUUGGUGGUUUCCCCCCACCCUUCCUGCUAGAUUCUUGCUCAAGCCCAGCCCACAUCCGGCUCACUGGGGCUCCUUUAGCCACUUGUGAUGAGACAUCCAUCUAGAGCCAGGAAAAUGACUGCCAGCCCAUGAGGAAUCCCAGGAGCUAGCACCUACCAAGACCAGGUUUACUGGCUGUGGGAGGUGAUCAUGGCUGCUCAGUUCUCUUGGAGUUUGUGUGUGAUCACUUGGAGGUCUGGUUCUAUCCUCUGGACCUGGAUAAGCUGAGGACCAGACCUUUGCCUGAUUCCUGUGAGAGAUCAACCCGUGACCCUUCUGCCAUGGCCCCCGAUCUUGGGCUCAUUUGUAGCGGGAAAGAGCAAGGACAUAGUUCCGACUUCUUUAUGGUGGGUCCUGGACAGAAGGAAGCACCACACCACAGAGGUAGUUGGGGCUGGUGUGCACUGCGUCUUUGUGGUGGCUGUGUGAUUUUCCCGUUUGCUGACUGGGGAGUGCAUGAUCCCCUGACUGCCUUGAGAUCUCUCCCUUCUCAGUUUCCCUUUGUUCCUGGGAGAGUGUAUGUCUAUUCACUGGUGUGCCUAGAAGACCUGUCCAUAUGUGCAUGAAUGACAGGGCUGGUGCCUGGGUGCUUUUGGGGUGUAGGAGAGGAAGGUUGGAAUGAGGGACAUUGCCCAUACAACUUUAUCCUCUGUAGCCAGUGAGGGAAACCACGCCCCAUCACCCCACAGAGUGUCUCUGACUUUGAGCAAAGUUCCCAAAGUGACCUUGUUGGUGGGAAGGACAGCAGGACAUGUGGUCCCCAUCCUUCUCCUUGUCUUUACCCUCUGGCUGCCACCACUGCCAUGCCACUGCUGUGCUUUCCCUCUUUCCUUGGCUUCCCUUCAAAAUUGACUUCACAACAUUCUAAAUAUUAGGGGAUGACAAAAGGAGUCCAGAAAUGUGUACCAGGAAUAUAAGCAGGUUAAAGAUAGACUUGCCACAGUGACUUUCACCCUUGCCCUAAAGCAGGAGUCCCCCAGCUGGGGCCCACGGACUCCCAGAAUUGUAUGCAAAAUGUCUGUCCACGUGUGUAUGUUUGGGGGGGUUGGGAUGGCUUUCAUCAGAGCUUAAGGCCUUAAAGAGGUUAAAGGACCACUGCCCAUGGUCACCACAUGUGGGGGAGGUGCUGCUCUCUGGCAGGCCCUCCCUGCCCUGCUGCCAGACCCUGGACAUGCUGCUGCUGGAGAUAUAACAUCUAUCCAGUCAUUGGCUCUGCACGCGCUUGAAGACACUGACGCCUCGUUUCUUGCUUUGUGAUCCCCGUGUGCUCCGCUCGGUCCUGGUCUUGGCCUGUGAAUGUGCCUGGCCCAUCCCUGGUGAGGGGCCUCAGACUCCAGUGGUGAUGCAGCCCUUUCCAGUUGACCUUUUCUGCUCUACUUUCCUUGACAGCAGCCUGUGAACUAUUCAAGAGUCCCCUUGGGUUUGGAGUUACCAGUGGGUUUACGUGGGAUCUUUGGCCCAUAGGGAUGUUGGUUUAUUCAUCUGUAAAGUGGGGAUAUACCUACCUCAAGGUUGCUGCAAGGACCACAUGAGGAAAUGUAUAAACAAUAAAGCAUUGCCUAUAGCAGUA